AUGGCAGUUGAUGUUUGUUCUUCCUCCGAACCCUUCAUAAGCCCAAGAAUCUCUUUCUCCCAUGAUCUCAACAACCAAUCAUUCGAAACAACCGCCGUUAGUUCCACCGUUGCCACCAUCACCACACCCUUUGAUUUUUGUAUCACUCCAAACGUUACGUUGCCACCAAUCAUAUCCGCAGAUGAGCUAUUCUUAGAUGGUGUACUCCUCCCUACCCAAAUCAAGAAGCCCAAAGCCGCAGUGUCAGUGUCAGAAAAUGAAGUCAUGGAUGUCCAUAGAAAACGUCUCAAAGAACUAUUAUCUGAAAACGACGAUAAACAAGAAAAAUCUUCAUCAAGAUCAUUGUUUUGGAAGUUUACACGAACUACAAGUUUAAACUCUAGUAAUGGUACGGGACCAAAAAAGUUGUUUAGAUCUUUAUCGUUAAAACGAUUGUUACAUAGUCAUCCGACAAUACUAAAUCCAAGGGGAAAUGAGGAUAUGAAGGUUAUAAAAAAGUCAAAUUCACGAAAAGAGCCAUUGUCAUCAAGCUGUUUUAGUUCGAUUCAUGUUGAUACACCGGUAUCUUUUGGUUGCAAUGGUAAUGAUUCACGUCGGCGGUCGCUAACAAGGAAGGAUUCCGGUGGUGGAGUUCAAAUCAAUCCUGUUUUGAACAUUCCACCGGCUAAUAUGAACUUGUUUGGGUAUGGUACUUCAUUAUUUUGUAAGGGUAAAUCCAAAAACAAAAACAAAUAA